CCAGCGAGCAAGAAGCGGCGGCGAGGUGGUCAUGGACGAGUCGAAGAUGGACGAGCUGGCGGGAGGGGGAAGUGGAGGAGUGGGCGGAGGUGGUGGUGGUGGUGGUGGUGGUGUCGGCGGUGGGAGUGACUGGUCGUACCUUGCGGCGGACGCGCUGGCGGCGGCGUCGUUCACGGCGUUCCCGUUCCACCACAGGGACGUGCUGUCGGCGCCGGGGUCGGCGUCGCUGCUCCUCAACAUGGACGCGGCGGCGGCGGCGAUGUUCGACUUCCAGGCGGCCUUCCCGACGUCGUCGUCGUCCGUCCCACCGCCGGCGUUCCACGACUUCGCGUCGUCCAACCCGUUCGACGACGCGCCGCCGCCGUUCCUCGCGCCGUCGUCGCUGGGGGCGGGGCAGAAGGGGGUCGGGUUCCUGGCGCCCCCGUCCGCCGGGUUCGGCGGCGGGAUGGGGUGGGACGACGAGGACGAGAUCGAGCAGAGCGUGGACGCCUCGUCCAUGGGGGUCUCGGCCUCGCUGGAGAAUGCCGCGCCCGUGGCGACGGGAGGAGGAGGCGGCGGCGGCGGCAACGGGAGGGGCAAGAAGAAGGGGAUGCCGGCCAAGAACCUCAUGGCGGAGCGUCGGCGCAGGAAGAAGCUCAACGACCGCCUCUACAUGCUGCGCUCUGUGGUGCCCAAGAUCAGCAAGAUGGAUAGAGCUUCUAUCCUUGGCGAUGCAAUUGAAUACUUGAAGGAACUCCUGCAGAGGAUCAACGAUCUUCACAAUGAACUUGAGUCUGCUCCUAGCUCUUCACUUACUGGACCAACUUCAGCUAGCUUCCACCCAUCGACACCUACAUUGCAGACAUUUCCUGGCCGUGUGAAAGAGGAGCUCUGCCCAACCUCAUUUCCUAGUCCAAGUGGUCAACAAGCCACGGUUGAAGUUAGAAUGAGGGAAGGGCAUGCAGUCAAUAUCCACAUGUUCUGCGCACGCAGGCCUGGCAUUCUGAUGUCCACAUUGAGGGCACUUGACAGCCUUGGCCUUGGCAUCGAGCAGGCGGUCAUCAGCUGUUUCAAUGGAUUUGCAAUGGAUGUUUUCCGCGCCGAGCAAUGCAGGGAUGGUCCUGGACUCGGGCCUGAAGAAAUUAAGACAGUGCUCCUUCACUCUGCUGGCCUUCAGAAUGCAAUGUGAUCAGCAGCAAGUCAGAGAGCAAGACCAAUGCACCGGGAUGUGAUGACUUCUUUCUAAGUGAAUAGACCAGUGAUCAUUUGCAUCAGAUGAUCUAGUUUAUGAGAAGUUCUAGUAAGUAUUACAUAUGCUGUUUAUCUAGGGAAACUGAUGAGAUGAGGCUCGCCAUCUAGAGACAUGUGUGAUGAUGAUGAAGAUGAUGAUGAUGUAACUGGGGUUUCUUUGUUUCUUCUGUUGUCGUUUUCUUUUUCCUGCCUGGUGUUGUGAUGUAAUAGUAGGAUCUUUGUCCAUUGAACAAUGUCCAUUAUGAUGAGAAUAUGAACCCAGUGCCUUUUCAAUUACAUGCCAUCAGUCAUUCAGAAUUACUCAAAGAUUCAGCCUCUUCUGAAUCCAACAAUGAUUCUGUCACUGAUGUGAGCAGUCAUCCAGUGGGCAGGCAGACUGGAC